AUGACCCGCCACAUACAUAUUGCUGUUCUUGACACAGAUAUUCCUUGUUAUCCUGUUUUUGCCAAGAGAGGAUUAUACAGCUCACAGUUCAAGUCUCUUCUCAAUGCUGCCGCGACUCGUAUCAAUGCAAGUGAUUCUCGACCACAACGAGAGUUACUUGCUGUUCAGGUAACCGCAUUCGACGUCGUCGGAGGUUCCUUUCCACAUCGCGAAUCGUUGCGAGUCUGCCCUUGGUCCGUCACAGAACCGUCGUUCCCCAGCUCCUCAGGACCCAUUGAUGCGAUCCUGGUCACUGGAGCUGUAGCCGCAGUGUAUGACGAUUUGCACUGGAUUCCGGGUCUGCGAUCCUUUAUCGAGAGAGUGUAUGCCGACUACCCUCUAGUCAAGAUAUUUGGAUCAUGCUUUGGUCAUCAAAUCAUAGGCCAGAUACUACUCGCAAGGGAAAGGGACUACAUUUCUCAAGGAUGCUCCUUUAAAAUAUCUGUGGAACCGUCGUCCAAUGGCCAUGAAAUUGGCAUACACCCCAUCAUCUUGAACCCGGAUUUUGUUUCCAGGUUCCCACCUCUCGCCCGGUUUACUGCAGAACACCCAUUUCGUAUUCAAGUCAUCCAUGGCGAUGCCGUCAUCUCUUCAUCGGAAGGCAGGUCGUGUUCAGAGAAUAGAGGGACGACAUUGCCUCAACCCUGGCUUCAUCUUGGAAGCAGUCUGAAAUGUCCGAUCCAGGGCCUCUAUAACCCAGGCCGCGUUCUCACCUUGCAAGGCCAUUUCGAAUUUGAUGCAUUUGCUACUGCCGAGUUAUGCCAUAAAUUUGCCAAACAGUUCGACUGGUCUGCAGACUUGCUCGCUUCGCAUCUGGAAAACAUCAGGCGUUCCACUGUGCCCGGAAAAGAUGAUGAUGAUGACUCCAAAGUAGCGGCAGAGACGGUUCUUUUGUUUUUCGCAGGGGAAGAUCAGGCUUCAGGCGAUAAUAUGAAAUGA